CGGGAGCUGUGAACCCAGGAGUCUCAGGCCAGCUCUGCUUGCUCACCACAAGGAUGAAGAUCUCCAAAGCUGCCCUCUCCUUCCUCAUCCUCGCUGCUGCCCUUGGGUCCCAGGCCCAAAACGCACUCGGAUCGAACUGGGGCCCUCGCAUUUGCAAGGCAGGCAACAGAAUCACUGAGCCAAAUCCCCGGCCCAAUAUUAAUAUUGUUGAUUCCGCAACUUCUCAAGAUAUAAAGAUUAAAAAUGAACCAUGGAAUAAAGCGAUUCUACAUCCACCUGGACAAUUUGUGAAAGGCUGUCACAAUCCUAAUGACUGCUGCUUCUCCUACACUUCACGAAGGAUCCGGUGUACAUUCAUUGAAGAUUAUUUUGAGACAAGUGGGUGCCCCCAGCCAGGUGUCAUCUUCAUCACCAAAGGGCGACAACGUGUCUGUGCCGACCCCAGAGAUUCAUUAGUUCAGCAGUGCAUAAAAGAACUGACUACCGUCAAACCAAGACGGAACAUUCUUCAAGGUCUAUUCCAACUCCGGGAAAUGAUUCCAGACCUGCAAAACAACAGUUAUAUUGGGAUUUCUUUUCAUCGCUUACUUCAAUUCAUUCAACCUUCCUUGGGUUCAUUUUCAUCUGGCUCGAAUAUCCUAGGUCUGUCUGCUACGAUAAAGAUGACAAAGGCAAACUCUCUCUUGUCCUGUGGUACCCAGGGCAGUCACGUAUGACUCGCUUUGGCCAUUCUGCUGCUCCCUUCCAGGGAAAGCUCUGGGCCUGCUGCAAGUGCUGCAGGGGAGAAGGGAAGGGAAGGGGAGGGAGAGAGAGAGAUCCAUCCAGAUGUCUCCAGUCUGGAAACAAUGGUGCUUUCACAUAUGGAACCAUGAGCAGUGUAAGAGUUCAGCCAGCCCUGCUAAUUCAGUGCCCAGCACAGAAGGCAGCACCCUUACCAGCUGGCUUCUAAGGCAUGAUUUGGCUAUGGCAUUGGAGCUAGUCUGUGUCAGUUUCUACCUAUUUUCCAAGCUUUCUGACAACUCUGUGCACUACCCCAAAUCUUUGCAGUAAGUUUCUGUUUCUUUAA